ACCCCCCAUUCUUGGAGGAUAAUAAAAAAAAACACAUUUUUUUGUUUCUUAAUCUUAACAAACACACUCUAAACUCUCAUUAGAGUGAAAUAUGAGACACACUAUUACUUGUACUCCAAAUCCAACCUAAGACAAACAAAAUCCCCAUGAUAAAAUCCAUACUAAACAACCUCCAACUUCCACCAAACACCCCAAAAACAAGACUUGCAGAACAAACAAUCUUAACCCUUCUUCAAUCCCACUGCAACACAUUCACAAAACUCACUCAAAUCCACACUCUAAUCCUCAAAAAUGGCCUCCAAAACAACCCAUUAGUCCUCACAAAAUUCACUUCAACUUCUUCCAACAUCAAUGCCAUUCAUUACGCUUCCUCAUUCUUAUUCCCCUCUCACCAAACACAAACCACCCCAUUACCAUCCUAUGAUGCAUUCCUCUUCAACACACUUAUCAGAGCUUUUUCUCAAACCAAUGAUUCCAAAUCAAAGGCAUUGGUGUUUUACAAAACAAUGCUUUGUUAUGGUGUUUUGCCUAAUAAGUUUACUUUUCCGUUUGUUCUUAAAGCGUGUGCCGGUAUUGGGAAUUUGAGGUUAGGGAAAUUGGUUCAUGGGUGUGUUGUGAAGUUUUGUUUUGAGGAGGAUGUUCAUGUUAUGAAUACUUUGAUUCAUAUGUAUUGUUGUUGUGAGGGUGAUAUUGGGUUUGAGUUUGCUCAUAAGGUGUUUGAUGAUAGUCCUAAGUUGGAUACUGUGACUUGGAGUGCUAUGAUUGGUGGGUAUGUGCGGUUGGGUCGUUCUGCACGUGCUGUUGGAUUGUUUAGGGAAAUGCAGGUUAUGGGUGUUUGCCCUGAUGAGAUCACAAUGGUUUCAGUUUUGUCUGCAUGUGCUGAUUUGGGGGCGCUUGAGCUUGGAAAAUGGGUGGAAUCAUACAUUGAGAGGAAAAACAUUUCAAAGUCUGUGGAACUCUGCAACGCACUGAUAGACAUGUUUGCAAAGUGCGGCAAUGUUGACAAAGCCAUCAAACUGUUCAGACAAAUGGAGUCACGCACCAUAGUUUCAUGGACUUCAGUAAUUGUUGGUCUUGCAAUGCAUGGUCGUGGUGUAGAUGCUGUUUCUAUAUUUGAUGAAAUGGUUGAAAAUGGGAUAACGCCUGAUGAUGUUGCUUUCGUUGGGGUACUCUCUGCUUGCAGUCACUCAGGACUUGUUGAUAAAGGAAGGUGCUAUUUCAAUUCAAUGGAGAAGAAUUUUAGCAUUGUGCCAAAGAUAGAACACUAUGGAUGCAUGGUGGAUUUGCUUUGUAGAGGUGGAUUUGUUAAAGAGGCUUUUGAGUUUGUUCAAAAGAUGCCUUUUGAACCAAACCAAAUCAUAUGGAGAACAAUAAUCACUGCUUGUAAUGCAACUGGGAAACUCAAGCUUGGAGAGAGUAUCUCCAAAGAGCUAAUCAAAAGUGAGCCGAUGCAUGAGUCUAAUUAUGUUUUGCUGUCAAACAUUUACGCAAAAUUGCGACGGUGGGAGAAGAAGACUAAGGUAAGGGAGAUGAUGGAUAUGAGAGGGAUGAAGAAGGUUCCAGGGAGUACCAUGAUUGAGGUAAACAAUGAAAUGUAUGAGUUUGUUGCUGGUGAUAAGUCUCAUGAUCAAUAUAAAGAGAUAUAUGAAAUGGUGGAUGAGAUGGGUAGAGAAAUCAAAAGGGCAGGGUAUGUGCCUACAACAUCUCAAGUGUUGCUUGACAUUGAUGAAGAAGAUAAAGAAGAUGCUUUAUAUAGGCACAGUGAAAAGCUUGCCAUAGCUUUUGCUCUUUUGAAUACUCCGCCUGGAACUUCCAUUAGGAUUGUGAAGAACUUGCGCGUUUGUGAAGAUUGUCACUCUGCUACUAAGUUUAUCUCUAAGGUUUAUAAUCGAGAGAUUAUCGUCAGGGACCGCAAUCGCUUCCACCAUUUCAAGAAUGGUUUGUGCUCUUGUAAAGACUUUUGGUAAUUGAAAAUUGCAUAGAACUUCAAGGAUUCUGUGUUCAUUUGCUGAAAGCUUCAACCAUUUGUGGAGGGAUUCCAUCAUUUUAAAUCACGUUUGAAAAUUAAUGUAGUCUUCUACUGAUGUCAAAACAUGGAUGUUGUCCUCGGUUGGUGAGUUAUCCUUUCACAAAUGAAAAACAAUGGCUAGAAAAUAGAAAAAAGUUUCGGUUGCUGAAUUUUCUGGUAUUGAAAUCACAGCAAGCACAUGAAAGUUCAAUUUCAUUCUGAAAACAACUUUGAGGUAAAAAGUAGUACAAAAUUUUCAGCCCAAGUUAAAUUAUCUUGAUCACUUUCAGUUGAAUUGAAAUUUAGAAAUAAAGUCAAGUUUUCUGAUUGAAAACGCACAUGUAUUCUUACUGAAAUUGUAUUGAUUGAUAUAAUUAAUUCUAUUAUAUUCUGCUGUGAAAUCAAACACAAAUAUACAAACAUUGAUAAUUAGAAAAUGAUUAUAUUGUACUAAGUAUCUGAUCAAACUAGGAUUCGUUUGGUUGUAUUACAACUGAACUAUUUUCUCUCGUAGUGCAUACUGAAUCAUACUUGUAUUAUACUGAACAAGAUUGCGAAUAAAGAUAUAAAAGCCUCUUUACUGGUCUAGACAGUGGAAGGGAGGUGAAGUAAUAUUCUUUGCU